AUGGAAAUGUUGAAGAGCAUGCAAGCGGAGAUGCAAAAGAGGAACCAAAUGGAUGAUGCUCGCAUUCAAAAAGACGAGGCCCGAGACAAAGCGAUUCAAACUUUGACCACCCAAAUGGGUCAACUUGCAACCGAGGUGUCCGAAUUGAAGAAAGGCAAAGGUCAAUUACCAAGUGACACUAAGGUAAAUCCGUCUCAUGGUACUUCAAGAGAAAAAGAAAAAGUAAAUGAGAGUGAGGGGUCGAGUGAAGUACCAUUCCCUUCGGCUUUAUUAGAUCCGGGUAGAAAGAAUUUUAUUUCAAAACGGGGUCCUCAAAAAGAGGAAAUGUGGGAGGUUUUUAAACAGGUUAAAAUCAAUCGUCCUUUGCUUGAAGCUAUUAAACAGGUUCCCGCUUACGCAAAGUUUUUAAAAGAAUUGUGUACCCAAAAGAGGCAACAAAAAGUGCCUAAAUUGGUUGAUUUGAAGGAGCGGGUAAGUGCGGUUUUAAAAGGAGAUCUUCCUCCUAAGUUACAAGAUCCGGGAACACCUUUUAUAAAUAUUCAAGUAGGAAAUUUUCAAACUACGAGGGCGUUACUGGAUCUUGGAGCCGGAACAACGGUGGUAUUAGCCGAUUUGUCUCAUAAACUUCCUCGGGGAAUUGUACGGGAUGUGAUAGUUAAGGUUGAUGAGUUCUAUUAUCCCGUGGACUUUCUUGUGCUAGACUACUCAUCCGCGGACCCAAUUCAACAACAAAAUAUUAUUUUGGGUCGGCCGUUUUUAAACACUGCACAUGCCGUUAUUGAUUGUCGAUAUGGUACGGUCGACAUGACAUUUGGUAAUAGAAAGAUGAGAUUAAACGUUUUUACUAAUGGUACUAAUGUUUAUGAUGAGUGUUUUGUAGCAAACUUCAUAGAUGAAUAUGACCCAAAGGAGUUCGAGGAAGAGAUUUUGGGUUCUUGUGUUCGUGGUGUGUCUUUGCAGGUGCACGCAUGUGAUUUGGAAAAAGAAGAGAAAGAGCAAGAGGCUCUUGCGGUGAAGGAAGGAAAUCCACCAUGGACCUACCAAAUGGAUACAUUACCGGUAGAAAUUGAUUCGGGCACAAAACCUUCUUUGGAAAGUCCACCAUGUGUGGAGUUAAAGGAGUUACCAAAGCACCUAAAGUAUGCAUUCUUGGGGGAGAAUGACACUUUACCGGUGAUCAUUGCUUCCAACUUGUAG